AUGACUAUCCUCAUUGAGCAACCUGACCUCGUGUCACAAUAUGAAGAGAAAAAUGUGCAUUCUGAAGAAACCAGUGAGCUUGUUUUUGAUGGUGGAUUUCCACUGCCAAAGCUUGAAUCACAGACUGGUUUUACAGCCCCAGAAAUCAAUGCAUUUGGCCACUCCUUCAGAACUUAUGAUGCAGAAAGCGAAAGGCAAAAAGGUGUGGAGGAAUGCUAUAGGUUGCAACACAUCUACCAGACAUGUGACUUUGUAAAGAGAAUGAGGGAGGAAUAUAAGAAAUUGGACAAAGCAGAAAUGGGCAUAUGGGAAUGUUGUGAGCUGCUCAACGAAGUGGUUGAUGAAAGCGAUCCUGAUUUGGACGAACCUCAAAUUCAACAUUUGUUGCAGUCAGCUGAGGCUAUCAGAAAUGACUAUCCUAAUGAAGAUUGGUUGCAUUUGACCGCUCUCAUCCAUGAUCUUGGAAAGAUUCUUCUCCUUCCUAGCUUCGGUCAGCUUCCACAAUGGGCUGUUGUUGGAGAUACAUUUCCUGUAGGUUGUGCCUUUGAUGAAUCAAAUGUGCACCACAAGUAUUUCAAGGACAACCCGGAUAAUACCUGCCCUGCUUAUAACACUAAAAAUGGGAUCUACAAUCAAGGAUGUGGACUAGACAAUGUAAUGAUGUCAUGGGGACAUGAUGAUUAUAUGUAUAUGGUUGCUAAGGAAAAUGGCACCACUUUGCCAUCAGCAGGAUUGUUCAUUAUCAGAUAUCACUCUUUCUAUCCUUUACAUAAGGAAGGUGCAUAUACUCAUUUGAUGAAUGAAGAAGAUGUUGAGAAUUUGAAGUGGCUCCACAUAUUUAACAAAUAUGAUCUCUACAGCAAGAGCAAAGUUCUAGUUGACGUCGAAAAAGUUAAGCCAUACUAUCUAUCUCUCAUUGAGAAGUAUUUCCCAGCAAAGCUUAGAUGGUGAACCUUGAAGAUGCAGGA